AUGAACUACGGCGAGGCCGUCGCGCUGGUCGAGGCGGCGGUUGCGGCCGAGGACCGUGGGCUCUACGCGCGGGCGACGGAAGAGUACUUUGUUGCUGCGAGUGCGAUGGCUGCAGCGGCGCUCACGGAGCCGUCGCCCAAGAUCCAGCAGCUGCUCGAGCUCAAGGCGCAGCAAGUCGAGCGCUGGGGUGUCGCCCUCGCGGCGUGGCUCGCCGACGGCCAGCGCGGGCCGGUGCCCAUGCGCACAUACGACAACAACAUGAAGACCAGCGCGGUGCUCUGCCUCAUGGCGCUAGCAGCGUCGGCGUCGGCGACGCUCCGUGGCGCCACGUACAUGCUCGUGGAAGGCAACAGCGAUACGCCUGUAUUCCUCGAGCAAGGCGAGGCGAUGGCAGCGACGUACAACCAGCCGCCGCCCUCGUACAAGAAACCAAGCAAGAAGCCUGCGGCGUCGUACAGCAAACCGUCGACCAAGCCAUCGGAAAAGCCCAAGCAGCCGACGGGCUACCCCGCCGAGAAGAAACAGCCCUACAUCUUUGUGUCCGAGGACAUGGACGACGCCGACAUUGGUCGAGCGGUGCUCGACGCCAUGCGCGACGACGCCGAAUCGUACGCGCCUCCGUCGCAGUCGUAUGGCCAGCCACCGGCUUCCAAUUACCAGCAGCCGCCUCCGUCGUCGUACCAGCAGCCGCCUCCGUCGUCGUACCAGUCGCCGCCUCCGUCGUCGUACCAGCAGCCGCCCCCGACGUACGGAAAGCCGUCGUCGCCAUACCAGCAACCGCCCUCGUCGUAUCAGCAACCACCUUCGUCGUAUCAGCAGCCACCUUCGUCCUACCAGCAACCGCCGCCGAAGAAGAAGCCCACGUACCAGCGCCCGACGACGUACCUCAAGCCGUCGUCGUCCUACCAGAAGCCGUCCUCGUACCAGAAACCGGCGUCACCGUACCAAAAGCCGUCGCCGUCGUACAACAAGCCCCAGCCUUCGACCGGCGAGAAGCCUUGUCCGUCCCAUGAAGGCGCCAACACGGUGCCCAGGGGCAAGUACUUUGUCCUUGUCUCUGACGACCCGGAGGACACGGAGGAGGUCGACGAUAUUGCGUACGACGUUGUUGACGACGACGGCGACGUGUUCCUUGACACUUGGAAAUCCAACGCCGACAUGGAAGCCCGUAAGAAGAAGAAGAAGGCGAAGAAGCCAACCAAGUACAACCUCUUGGACCAGCGCCUCCGCCUCGUGGCGUUGACGGACGCCAACGUCAACGACUAUUCGGAGGUCAUGGACGACGGCGACUAUCUGAUUGAGACCAACCAGCACACCGCCAACGACGACGAAGCCGUGUUCUUGGCCGACGACGGGCCGUCCGCCGGCGUCCCGAAUGCCGGGUUCAAACCCGACAAGAAGAAGACCAACUUUUUCAACAACGGCAAGGCGAUGCUCACGGGCGAGACGUUCGACGACGUUGUCCGUGACGCUGAGAACGUCUUCAUUGCGGACCGGAAGCGCGUGCCGCAGCAUUACCACAAGAAACCGGCGCGCGUCCUCGACACGAUCGACGAUGAGGACGAGGACACGAGUGGCUUGGACAUCGAGAACCGGCGGCCGACGCAUUUGUUGACGCCGUCGUCGGGCGGCGGGUUCAACAGCAACUCGGGCGUGAAGACUUACUUUUUGCGCGCUGUGUCCGAAGACGACGGCGACGAGGACGUUGGCGAUGCGGUCAACGACGGUGAGGUCAACGGCGGCGACGACAACUAUGACGACGACUAUGACGCCAACUAUGAGCUCCCGAAUCCGUGGGAAGACACUGACAACUAAGCGCAUCGUUGGUUAUCCAUUUCCAUCAUCACAAACAAUAUAUACACCCUG